AGUGUAGGGCUGGUGUGUGGAAGUGGGGAGGCAAAGGAUGGCCGGCACAGCGGAGGCCCAAAGCUGGGUUCAGAGCCUCGAGGAGCACAGUCAGGAGAGUGGAGCAGGGCAGGCCCAGUCCUGGGGACUUGCUGCUUCCCAGCCUGCCUCCAGCCUCCACCUGACCUCUCCACCUGAUAGGGUGAGUGGGCAUGCCUAAAAUACCUAGGAGCAUGUCAAGCCCUGCAAAGAUGUGAAUCCUGUCCACAGAGGCACCACAGGAGCAGUCGUAGAAGGAGGAGCCUCAAACCAUCCUGACGCUAAUUGUGUUCAGAGCUGAACAAAGGAUGAAGUAGGGAGUAAUUAGUCCAUCUAUCAAAGAAUUUUUCACUUUUCAAAGAGUCACCGUAGAAUUCUUUUACAUAGCUCUCUCAGGUCCCCUGAGGAGUGAGGUAGGGUCAUAAUGGGUACCAGGUACCCACCUUGGGCCUGGAACUGGCCUGGGCCUUCGGGAUGCAAGCUGAGCCCUAGGGUGCUGGGCCCCCAGCUGAAGGGAGGGCUGGUGCACUGGAGAUGGUGAUCACGCCACAUGGUCCCUGGAAUCCAUUCCUCUCCAAGUGUCAGCUGAGACAAUACUUCCUUAGUCUCACAUCACCAUUUGGAAUCUGAAACCAGAAACCGGCCUGAGGUCAGACCAGCCAGGGCCUGCACCAGGCCUGGAGCAGUGAGGCCAGGACCCUGUGAUUGAGCACCUAGGUGGCGACAGCAGGCACUGCUGGCUGGCUGUGGAUUCCUUUCCUAGAUGGCCCCUCCCUCUUUCCAUUUGGGGCACAGGGGUUACCUGGAGAGGUCUGAUGAGGAGGCUUUGGGGGACUGGAGGUAGGAGGUGGCACAGGUAGAGAAUCUGCACAAAGCGGGCUGGCAUGGCAGUGGGGAGUUCUCUGGCUGCAAGGAACGGGGCAGGACUCCCAGCCGGCAGAGUGGAGUGAGUCUUUAACCUGCUGGGCCAGUGCAUGGGUGCCAUCUUUGCCAGCCACCUUGUGGUGCACCUCACUGCCGUCUCCAUCGAUCCAGCAGAUGCCAACGUGCGGGACAAGAGCUAUGCAGGGCCCCUGCCCAUCUUCAACCGAAGCCAGCAUGUACAUGUCAUUGAAGACCUGCACUGCAACUUGUGCGACGUGGAUGUGAGCGCUCGCUCCAAGCACUGCAGUGCCUGCAACAAGUGCGUGUGCGGUUUCGACCACCACUGCAAGUGGCUCAACAAUUGUGUGGGCGAGCGGAACUACCGGCUCUUUCUACACAGUGUUGCAUCCGCUUUACUGGGCGUCCUGCUCCUGGUGCUGGUGGCCACAUAUGUCUUCGUGGAGUUCUUUGUCAACCCCAUGCGUCUGCGCACCAACCGACACUUUGAAGUCCUGAAGAAUCACACGGAUGUGUGGUUCGUGUUCCUGCCCGCCGCCCCCGUGGAGACCCAGGCCCCUGCCAUCCUGGCCCUAGCCGCCCUGCUCAUCCUUCUGGGCCUCCUGUCCACAGCCCUCCUGGGGCACCUGCUCUGCUUCCACAUUUAUCUCAUGUGGCACAAGCUCACCACCUAUGAGUACAUCGUGCAGCACCGCCCACCACAGGAGGCCAAGGGGGUUCACAGGGAGCUCGAGUCAUGUCCUCCCAAGAUGCGGCCCAUUCAGGAGAUGGAGUUCUACAUGCGGACCUUCAGACAUAUGCGCCCAGAGCCCCCUGGCCAGGCCAGGCCAGCAGCAGUGAAUGCCAAUCCCUCCCAGUUUCUUGCCACCCGUGGCCAAGCGGAACCUCCACCACCCUCUUCCCCAGACACUCUCGCCCUGCCUCCCCGGAUCCGACCCCAGAAAAAGAGGAAGAGGCGCGUGUAUAAAGUGCGAACUUCUGAGACCUCGGAUCCGGCGUCGGGGCCCAGGGCCCCCGGCCGCCGCUCCAGCUCGUCGACGGAUUCCGCGGACGCCAGCCCUGUGCACGCCGCUGGCCCUGCCAGCGCCUACCACUCGGCGUCGGCAGAGUCCGUGGACGAGAUUCCAGUGGCGCAGACGCGCCUGGGCAGCGCCGCUCUGGCCGCCCCGCGGGGCCGGGGCCGACAGCCCACGCUGGCGCGGCAGGCGCGUGCGCCCGCCGUUUUCGUGAGCCCGAGCAGCGGCGAGCCCAGGGCGCCAGGCGGCCGGGAGGCUGGUCUGGCUUAGCUGGGCCAAGAGGCCAGAGGGCCGAGUUGGAGCUGCCGGCCCGACUCUCUAUGCAACACCCCAUCCUUGCCUCACCGAGUGCACUUUAGGGGCCCCUACGGCCGGCGGGAUCGGCCUCCCUCCCCCACGACUCAGCAAUACCCGCCCCACCGGCUGUGAUGCUCCAAUAAACUUUUGUAUGCUUUUGCGGA